AUGCAAUGGCGACCACAAGGUAGGUAUGUGAGUUGGCCGCCCCACCCGCUCCCACAAACGAAUCCAUCACUUCUGUGCUGUCUGUGUUUUGUGCUUUGCUUGUUCUGGGCUUGGCUUUGCCUUGGCUGGCGCAGGAUGCUGGCAGCAAGGGGUGCCCGCUGCACUACUUGAAUACGCAGAUCAGUGGUGUGACGGCUGGCCAGGCCAUCUACGGAGGCUAUCUCGACUCGAAGGCAGGCGUCCGACGGCCCAAGGUCAGCGAGCCCGCCUUCUACUUGGAGCGGGAGAACUGCCUGAUGCCGCCGAACAACCCCGGCACCCUCGCCAUGAUCGGCAUGUGGGACAACAAGAAGGAAAAGUACAUCUAUGGUGAGACACACACAUACACACGUGUUACAUCCGUGCAUCUAUGUCGCUUCCAUCCGUCUGUUUGUGUCUGCAGGUAGCCGCUUUGUCAUCACAGCCGUGGCCCACUUCGACAUGUGCGCCGGCUGCUGCAUCAUUGGCGAGGUCAACGCCUCCGGCCUGGCCCUCAUCGACCGCAUCAGCCGCCUGGGCGGGCAGCAGGCCAGCAGCAGCAGCAGCAGCAGACAGGGCGAUGCCUCUGACACCAACCAGCAGGCUGUCUUGCCACGGGAGCCCGUCGUCAUAGCGGGCGCCGCCUCGAUGAGCGGUUGA